UAAUAAGAGCUAACAUGUAGUUAGUACGUAUUUAUUAAUUAGUUUCACUUCACGACUGUAGUAUUUUGGAUAUUAGUUAAAAAAUGAAAAAAGUUCCAUUUUGUCUGGUGUUAAUUAUUAGCAUAUCAUGCGAACGUCAAAAUAAAGAAAACGAAUUAUAUACAGAUUUGAAUAGAAAUUCGGAAAUUCAGACAAUUCAGUAUGAAGAGACACAUAAUUGCAUGAGCGGUGAACUCAUUUCGGAUCUUAAUCCUUCUAUCAUACCGUCACUAAUGGAUCCAUCAAAUUCUGUUGGAUUUUUACAACCUCAAGACAUUGAUCUAGCUGAUCGAUGUUUUCCCAAACCAGUAUGUGAUUCCACAGCUAAAUAUAGAACCAUGAAUGGGAGUUGUAAUAAUUUAUUAUUUCCAAUCUGGGGACAAUCUAACUCAGCAAAUAUACGAAUUAUUCAAGCGGACUAUUCAGAUGGUAAGAAUCAACCAAGAAGAGCAAAAUCAGGUAAACCAUUACCAAACGCAAGAAAAAUACGAACAACUUUGUUCCCGAGCGUCGAUAAUCCCUCACCUAAGUAUAAUACAUUGUUUAUGCAAUUUGGUCAAACAGUUGCACAUGAUACUGAAUUAAUACUUUCUAAAGUUUUAAGUAAUGGGAGUGACCUAGAAUGUUGCAAUCCAGAUGGAUCCACACCAAAAAUACUACCUCGAGAUUGCCUUCAAAUUACAAUCCCGCAUGAUGAUCCUGAUAGUCCAAAAACACGAUGUUUUUCCACUCCACGAGCCGCUGAUACAGCAGAUUUAGGUUGUGACAUAAAACCAGUCAGACAACAAAUUGCAGUUACCAGUUUCAUUGAUGCUUCAUUAUUAUAUGGUUCAAAUGAUAUUACAGCACGUUCUUUACGAACAUUUUCUAAUGGAAAACUUAGAAGACAAUUGGGACCUAAAGGAAAAUCAUAUUUACCUAACGUUAAACAAGCAACAAAAGAAUGUAACGUGGUUAAUGAUGGAACUGUGUGCUACGCAUCUGGUGAUGUAAGAGUAAACCAACAUCCCAACAUCGCAGUUCAGACGAUAUCACUAUUGAGACUACAUAACAUGUUGUGCGAUGAUCUCAAAAAAAUAAAUCCCUCUUGGGACGACGAACGAUUAUACCAAGAAGCCAGAAAAUUACUCAUAGGAAUGUAUCAGCACGUGGUAUACAAUGAAUUCGUUCCUGGACUUCUAGGAAAAGAUUAUGCCAGAGCAAACAAAUUACUACCAUUAAAGAAAGGUUUUAAUAUGGAUUAUGAUAAAUUUUUAAAUCCAACUACGAUAACCAGUUUUACCGGUGCAGCAUACAGAUCACUUCAUAGCGAAAUACAAGGAUUUAUGGAUUUGGUAAAUGAAGCCAGAAAAGUUACGUCAAAAAUUCGUUUGAGUGAUUUUUUUUUAAGAACUGACAUAGUGCAAAGAGGAGACAAUUAUGAUAGUUUUACUAGAGGUUUACUUAGCCAAAUUACGCAGGACCAAGAUCAAUUUUUCACAUCUGAGGUUAGCGAACAUCUAUUUAGAGAUCCAAACAAAACAGAAGGAUUCGAUUUAGUCAGCUUUGACUUGGAACGUGGUAGAGAUUUUGGAGAACCAUCAUACAAUAAAUUUAGGCAACUGUGCGGAUUGAGUGAAGCCAAGACUUUUGAUGAUUUUACAGAUCAAAUAACAAAAAAAAAUGUUGAUACUUUAGCUAGCUUGUACGAGCAUGUCGAUGAUGUAGACUUUUACGCGGCUGGUUUGCUGGAAAAACUGAAACCGGGAUCUUCGUUAGGUCACACAUUUCAAUGUAUUUCUGGAGAAAUGUUUUUCAGAUGGAAAUUUGGCGAUCGAUUCUUUUACGAAUUUGGAAACCAAACUGGAUCUUUUCGCUUAGAUCAACUUGAUGAAAUACGAAAAACAUCAUUAUCACUAAUCCUGUGUAUGACAUCAGACAUUCAAUCUGUACAACGCAAUGCUUUUGAUGUAAUCAGUAGUCAAAAUAAACUGGUACCUUGCAGUUCCUUACCAAAACUCAACCUGGAUCCUUGGAAAGAAUUUUAAUACACCAUACCUAAUAUUGUAGAGCCUAUAUACUGUUUGUCUUUGGUAAUAAAUUAAUAAUUGGACACUAA